AAGCUGUGGAGUCUUUAUGUUUUCUGCUGGAAAGCCGUGAGAACGUCACAUUUCUGAGAGUCAGUGUGCGUGUUAUCACGAUGGAUGCUGAACUGGAGUUUGCCAUUCAGCCCAGCACAACGGGGAAGCAACUCUUUGACCAGGUGGUAAAGACCAUUGGACUAAGAGAGGUUUGGUACUUUGGACUCCAGUACCAGGAUACAAAGGGUUUCUCUACCUGGCUGAAGCUCAAUAAGAAGGUGACAGCCCAGGAUGUGAGGAAGGAAAACCCGCUCUUUUUCAAGUUCCGUGCCAAGUUCUUCCCUGAGGACGUAACGGAGGAGCUGAUCCAGGAUGCCACACAGCGGCUCUUCUUCCUGCAGGUGAAGGAGGCGAUCCUAAACGACGACAUCUACUGCCCCCCGGAGACGGCGGUGCUCCUGGCCUCCUACGCCGUGCAGGCCAAGUUCGGCGACUACAACAAGGAGGUGCACACGUCGGGCUACCUGAGCAGUGAAAACCUGCUCCCUCAGAGAGUACUGGAUCAGCACAAACUCAACAAAGAGCAGUGGGAGGAGAGGAUUCAAGUGUGGCAUGAAGAACACAAGGGCAUGAUGAGGGAGGAAUCCAUGAUGGAGUACCUGAAGAUCGCCCAGGACCUGGAGAUGUAUGGAGUCAACUACUUCAACAUCAAGAACAAGAAAGGAACUGAGCUGUUCCUGGGAGUGGAUGCUCUGGGUCUCAACAUUUAUGAACAGAAUGACAAAAUGACGCCCAAAAUUGGAUUUCCUUGGAGUGAAAUUAGGAACAUUUCCUUCAACGACAAGAAGUUUGUCAUCAAACCGAUUGACAAGAAAGCACCAGACUUUGUAUUCUACGCUCCGAGGCUGCGCAUCAACAAACGCAUCCUGGCUCUGUGCAUGGGCAACCAUGAGCUGUACAUGCGCCGCCGCAAACCCGACACCAUCGAGGUGCAGCAAAUGAAGGCGCAGGCUCGGGAGGAGAAGAACCACAAAAAGAUGGAGAGGGCUCUGUUGGAGAACGAAAAGAGGAAAAGAGAGGUUGCAGAAAAAGAGAAGGAAAAGAUUGAGAAAGAGAAGGAGGAGCUGAUGGAGAAACUGAAGCAGAUUGAAGAUCAGACCAAAAAAGCCCAACAAGAGCUGGAGGAGCAGACUCAGAGGGCUCUGGAGCUGGAGCAGGAGAGGAAGCGUUCUCAGGAGGAUGCCGAACGUCUGGAAUCUGAGCUGAAGGGAGCCGAGGAAGCCAAGAUGGCACUGCUGCAGCAGUCGGAGAACCAGAUGAAGAACCAAGAGCACCUGGCCACAGAGUUGGCUGACCUGACUUCAAAGAUCUCUCUCCUGGAGGAUGCUAAGAAGAAGAAAGAAGAAGAAGCAAAUGAGUGGCAGCAGAAGGCCACCACAGUGCAGGAGGACCUGGAGAAGACCAAAGAAGAGCUUAAGAACAAAGUGAUGGCGGCCCAUGUCCAGGAGCCACUCAACGCCGAGAAUGAGCAUGACGAGAAUGACGAGAGCAGCGCCGAGGCUAGCGCCGAGUUCACGUCUGCGGCUACGUACAAGGACCGCAGCGAAGAGGAGCGAAUGACCGAAGCCGAGAAGAACGAGCGUCUGCAGAAACAUCUACUUGCUCUGAGCUCAGAGCUGGCCAACGCCCGAGACGACACCAAGAAGACGGUGAACGACAUGAUCCACGCGGAGAACAUGAAAGCCGGACGCGACAAGUACAAGACCCUCAGACAGAUCCGGUCGGGCAACACCAAACAGCGCAUCGACGAGUUUGAAUGCAUGUGAUGCGCUCGAUCGGCAACGCAAAACGGGCCCCGCCGCCAGGCCGGGGCCCUGCUGCUUGGACUGCAGUCCUGCCUCACUCAAGCUGUUUUUUUUUUGUUUUGUUUUGUUUUGUUUUUUUUCCGUACGCAAACAAAAUCAGAUCAACGUGACGUAGCUGCAAAAAGCACAGCACAUUGUACAAAUAUGGAUGUGGAAAGUUCCAACUGUUUUUAUUUCUAAAUUAGAAUUUUUGGCAAGUCACUGGUUGUAAAGGGACAUACUGUAUUUUGGUAGUACAUUCCUGAUAGGGGGAGGGGCUAUGUAGCAUAUUAGCAAAGGCCUUAUGCCUCUAUUAUGACUUAUUGAGCAAAGAUCUUUUAGUUUCUUUAUAUAUUUUCUGUCACUAUUUUAAAGUGAAGGCAUAAAUUUGGCACUGCUUGGAAUCUGAUUUGCAGGCAUAUUUUUGCUAUCAUCAUGCAAUAGUUCUUCAUAUCAGGCUGGAUUAUCGUUUUGAUUUGACAUGAGGCUUCUCCUCCUCGUUCAGCACACAUGCAGUAUGCAUCUUUGUCUACGAGGAGCGUAAUAAAGCAGUAUUAUUUUUUAUUACCAUUUGUUUUUUUUUUGUUUUUUUUUCCAGAUUUAAUUGAUUUCUCAUUUGUCUGCAUUCAAAAUCUGCCAACUAUUUCAAAAUUGAUCAUCAGUAUUUACGACCCAAUCCACAAUAAUGUGAUAUUAAAGAUUUAAAUACCAUUUCAAACAUUUGGUCUGUUUUUGUCUUUUUUUUUGUCUUUUUUUUUUUUUUUGAAUCUGUGCAGACAAAUUAUGAUUGGUCAACAUAAAAAAUCCUUUGCAGACUUUCAAGGUCGCAUAUAAACCCAAAAAGGGUCAAAUAUUUACUGACUUUAAUUCACUUUCUCCUCAUUUUUCUAAAAGGCCAUAAAGUCUUCCUCUUCAUUGCCGUUACCUACAUCUGAAGCGUACUGUGCGUUUAUAAAGUUGUAGUUAAUUUCUAAUGAGGAUAUUUGAUUGUUAAACUGCGUAAAUAUGAGACGGUAAAAGAAUUUCACUGAAGUUACGUUUCGGUCUUUUCUUCUCUCUAGAUUAUAACUGCUCAGCUCCUUAAUUGCGACUAUUUAUUUCACCUAAAUGCAAUAAAUAGAUAUGCACUGGAAAAAAAAAAUUUCACUUUAAAAUUUGAAACAUAAAAGAGGGGCACCUUUUCUUCUUUUGCAUGCGGAUUUUGAUAUACUGUAUGUUUUUAACUGCUAUUUUGUAUGUCGUAGUUGGAAUUAUUUGGGUGUGAUGUGUCUGACACUUUAGGACGUCUUAGAUGUUUUUGUACAAGACAAACUAAACAAAAAAAAAAGAGCAAACCUUGUCAAUAGUAUCACUUUGAAAGGAACAACAUUUAUACGCCAUUUAUUUCUUGUUAAAAGAAAUAAAUAAAAAACUGACAAUAAAGCGUGCUGUACCUCUAGCUUGAUGAUUGUGCCAUAAACAGAUACUUGAACCAAGCCCCAAAAAAUAUGCAUAAAAACAGACUUUUUUUCUUCUGAUGCCAUUUGAUGAAGUUUGAUUUUAUUUCGUGUAUGAUAUAGAUAUAUAUUUUUUUGUAGCAAUUAAGGACCUUUUUUGGAAAAUUUAUUUACCCUUUAAUGCAGAAUGUAUUUUCGUCAUGAAAAUUUCAGAACACUUUAUUUUCAUAAUGCCUUUUACAAAAUAAUUUUUUUUUUCUAAAGCAUUUCAUAAACAGUCUGAACUAUUUCCAACAAAUCAUGCCUUAAACCUUCAAAUAAAUUAGAAAAGUCAUGCAAAUGUUGUGGACUCCUUCGUGUUGAUGCAGCAGUCUCAUACCUUCGGUCCAAGGACUCGAAGCAUAAUUGCAACAAACUGUUUUUUGAGUGUGUUUGGUCUUUAGAAAGAAACAACGGAAACGUGAACAACUGUAAACAUGACGCAGUGUUUUGCCCUGUUUUUACUAUUCAGCAACAACUAAUAAAAGUUUGGUAAAAA